UUCGGUUCCGCUAUGAGGAUAGCCGAUUCAGAGGCCUGCGGACAACCUUUCCUGGGAGGUUAUGGAUAGCAGAAUGCCAGCAUCUUGGAAAUGGUGCAAGGUUUAGCAUGAUGUUGCAGUCCGCAUGGAGGUUGGACAAUACCUUACCAGUGCCACAGCUCCCUCAGUAUUGGGCAAAGGCUAUUAUUGGUGCAUUAGCUAUUCUGUGUUUUGGCAUUAGUUAUGACGGGGAGUUUGUCUUUGAUGAUUCGGAAGCUAUCAUCAACAACAAGGAUCUUAGACCAGAGACACCACUUAGCAACCUUUGGGAACAUGACUUCUGGGGUUCUAACUUGAUCAGCAACACAAGUCAUAAAUCUUAUCGACCACUUACAGUGCUUACAUUCAGGUUGAACUACCUGAUAGCUGGAGGAUUGCAUCCAGUUGGCUUCCACGUGGUCAACAUUGCACUUCACAGUGUGAUCUCUGUAAUGACUCUUGAUGUCUUCUCGGUACUUCUAGGUGGUCUAGUACAUGAUGAGAAAGGGAGGCUGCUCAAUAGGGCACCAAAAGCAUCAUUUCUAGCUGCACUGUUCUUUGCUGUGCAUCCAGUACAUACAGAGAGUGUUGCUGGGAUUGUUGGCAGGGCAGAUCUCCUCUGUGCUCUGUUCUUUCUAUUGUCCUUCAUCAGCUAUUGUAAAGCCUUCAGAAAAUAUGAUGCAGAAGGAGAGUUCUCUUUUUACUGGAUCUUUGCCAGCUUGUUGCUUUGUGCAAUAGCGAUGCUUUGCAAGGAACAGGGUAUCACAGUUCUGGGUGUUAAUACAGUCUUUGAUGCACUUGUGAUCUGCAAAAUGGAUAUCCUACAACUAGGCAUGGCACUGUUACGGAAGCCCAAAUUAUCUGAGAUACUACUUCUGUGGAAAAGAGGGUUUUUUACACGCAUUCUGCUGGUGGCAUCUGGCGGGAUUGCCCUUCUGUAUGUCCGCUGGCGGAUCAUGGGCACAGGGCCCCCAGUUUUCACUGAAGUGGAUAACCCAGCAUCAUUUGCAGAUAAUGCCCUUGUGCGGGCCAUUAAUUAUAAUUACUACUACUCUUUGAGCACGUGGUUACUUGUCUGUCCCUGGUGGCUGUGCUUUGAUUGGUCAAUGGGCUGUUUACCUCUGAUUAAAUCAGUUGGAGACAUUAGAAUAUUUGCCCCCCUCGUAUUUUGGACCAUCCUCAUUGGGAUAAUAUUUCAAGCUUUAUUCUCCAUGAACCCAGAUGAAAAAAGAAUCCUUGCCUCUGGAAUCACACUUCUGGUCAUCCCCUUCCUUCCUGCAUCAAACAUUUUCUUCCGAGUAGGGUUUGUGAUUGCAGAGCGGGUAAUCUAUCUCUCCAGCGCUGGCUAUUGCAUGCUCUUGUCUUAUGGCAUUUGCAUCUUGUCAAGGCAUGGCAGGAGAUUCAAGAACAUCAUCUCUCUUGCGGUAGCAGGCUUGGUAAUUCUGAAUAUUAUGCAGUGUAUCCGGCGCAGUUGCCAUUGGAGAACAGAAGAAGAUCUUUUCACAAGUGCAUUAUCUGUAUGUCCCUUCAAUGCUAAAGUACACUACAAUGUUGGCAAAAAUCUAGCUGACCGAGGAAAAGAAAUAUCUGCAAUCCAGUACUAUAGAGAAGCUGUCAGACUCAACCCAAAGUAUGUCCAUGCUAUGAACAAUCUCGGAAACAUCCUUAAGGAAAGGAAGGAAUUACAUGAAGCAGAGGAGUUGCUUUCCAGAGCUGUAGCCAUUCAACCUGAUUUUGCUGCUGCCUGGAUGAAUUUAGGAAUUGUGCAGAACAGUUUGAACAAAUUCGAAGAAGCUGAAAGGAGUUACUGGACAGCAAUAAAAUACAGAAAAAAAUAUCCAGACUGCUACUACAAUCUAGGACGUUUGUAUGCAGAUCUGCACCGUACUGCAGAAGCUUUGAAUGCAUGGCGGAAUGCUACACUUCUCAAACCUAACCACAGCCUAGCUUGGAAUAACUUGAUCAUAUUACUUGAUAAUACAGGAAAGGCACCAUCAGGUAACUUAGCACAAGCUGAAGCAGUUGGAAAAGAAGCCCUUAAGUUACUACCCAGUGAUCAUACAAUCAUGUUUUCAUUUGCAAAUGUACUCGGUAAAUUGAAAAAAUACAAGGAAUCUGAAAAUCUCUUUCUAAAAGCACUUCAGAUUAAUCCUACCAUAGCAAGCUAUCAUGGAAAUUUAGCUGUCCUUUACCACCGCUGGGGGAGACUCGAUCUAGCCAAUAAACAGUACAAGCUUGCUCUGAAGCUCGAUCCAACCUCUCCAGGCAUUAUGGAGAACUACAACUUGCUGAAGAAAAAACUUGACCAAGUGAGGAAAGGCCAGCAGUGAAGGGAGAAGACUGAAAGAUAACUGAACUUACAGGAUUUCUCCAUGAGAGAAUGGUUAACUCCAACACCAUUUGAAAUGAAUUUGUACAAAAAUCUCAGCACAAGCCACUUGUACAUCAUGUUUGUACUGGGAAAGUGCUAAUUCCAUUUUGACUAUUUCCCUGUAUAAUGCCAACUUCAACCGUUCACUGAAUUCUGUCUUAAAUGUUACAACAGAGUCAGCUCUUGUAACCAUUUGCACUAGUACACUGUCUUGGAAAAAUCUAAUCCAAUUUAGGACAGCACGGUGGCUCAGUGGUUAGCACUGCUGCCUCACAGCACCAGAGACCCAGGUUCGAUUUCAGCCUCGAGCAACUGUCUGUGUGCACAUUCUCCCCGUGUCUGCGUGGGUUUCUUCCGGGUGCUCCAGUUUCCUCCCACAGUCCAAAGAUGUGCAGGUCAGCUGAAUUGGCCAUGCUAAAUUGCCCAUAGUGUUCAGGGAUGUGUAGGCUGGGUGCAUUUAGUCAGGGGUAAAUGUAGGGUAGGGGAAUGGGUCUGGGUGGGUUACUCUUCGAAGGGUCAGUGUGGACCUGUUGGGCCGAAGGGCCUGCUUCCACACUGGGUAGGGAUUCUAAUUCUAAUUCCAAAUAUGAUAUCAGUUCCAAUACUUGUAGAGCCUAUUAUGAUCCCAACUGACACUACUACUGAAUAAUCAAAUUCUGGCUUUGAUAAUUUCUUUUUCAGUUGGUGGUCUUUCACUGAAACGUAACCACAGAAGGCUGCAGAUUUUGUUUUAACAAUAAAACAAGUUAAUUACAUAAGUAAAUAAAACUAAAAUAGACCAAACCAAGCUAAUGCAAUAUAACUUUGAAAGAUUUUGAAAUAAAUGUAAAAGCAAAAUUCAAUCCAGUCUCCAAUAUUUUACAGUUAAUCCAAAUAAAGAUAAACUUCACUUUUUUAAAAUCAAAUCUGUAGGUUUUACUUUACUGUUUUUCUCAGUUCCAGUCCUGUGAGCUAUAAAGUCUUUUCCUUAAAAUCUCGCAUCACUUUGGACUUCCUCAGCUUUGAAUAACUAGUGGUCUGGAAGUUUUAUAAGUUAAACUCUUGCACUCAGGUACCUUAUUCAAUUAAUUGGCUUUAACAGUUGCAUUUUCUAAGUGACACUGUACUUGCAUCUGACUCCAGUCAGAUCUCCUUGAACUUCCCAAAAGCUUUUUAACUAGAAAAAUGUUGCUUCUGCUAAGCUAUGUUUGUUUUUCGUGGUCUCUGGUCAUAAACCUCCACUGUAUAAACAAACUUCCAUUAACACUCCAGGAGGCACAGACUGAAUUGAAGCUUUGGUUCUAGAAAGACUGUCCCAGUUAGUUUUUAAAUCCACUCACAAAAGUAGACCAACACCAUAUGCCACUGGUUUGUAAUCCAAGCUCAUCUUUUUAAAAAAUAAUAUGUCUCAUACUUCUCGUUGUCAGAAUCAGAUAAUACGCAUUUAGAUCCAGUAUCACAAGUAGUAGAAUGCUAUUUGUUUGGACCCAGAUGUGCAAGGGGUAAAAUACACAGAUACAUAGAGAUGUACAGCGUGAAAACAGACCCUUCGGUCCAACCCGUCCAUGCUGACCAGAUAUCCCAACCCAAUCUAGUCCCACCUGCCAGCACCUGGCCCAUAUCCCUCCAAACCCUUCCUAUUGAUAUGAGCUAUUUAGAAGAAUGAAAUGUGGUCUCAAUCCAACAUACAAAAUCCUCACAGGAUAGCUGUAGGAUAAGUGUUGGCUCUAGUUGGGGGCAAAGUGGGGGUGGCUGAUCGAGGUUGAUCAGAUACUAAAUUUCUUUGUUCAGAAGAUGGUAUAUCUUUAGAAUUCCCAAUGCCAGGGGGCUAUGCUGAUUCAGCAUUGAGAAAAUUGGAGACUGAGAUUGAAGGAUUUCUACGUAUUAAAGUGUCAAGAGGAACAGUGCAGGAAAAUGGUCUUGACCUAGAGUUUUCACCUUGAUCUCAUUGAAUAACAGAGCUGUCUCAAAGGACUUGAAUGGCUUAUACCUACUCCUAAUCCUCACGGUUUUGUUCAAAUCCUUAACCCUUGGGAUAUCUGGUCGGCAUGGACGGGUUAGACUGAAGGGUCUGUUUCCGUGCUGUACAUUUCUACAACUCUAAUCUGUCUUUCAGCUGAAUCAUGAUGGAUUUGUACUUUAUUCACCUAUGUUAGUUUGUGAUCCUUAACACCCUCAUCAAAAACAAAAUCUGGCAGUUUCCAUUUUUAAACCUACAACUGACCCCAGAGUUUCAAAACGUGCCACUGGAAAAAGCACAGCAGGCCAGGCAGCAUCCAAUGAAUGGGAGAAAUGACUUUUCAGGCAUAAGUCCUUCAUUCCUGAUGAUUGUCAAUUGUCCUGCUGCCCGGAUGCUGCCUGACUUGCUGUGCUUUUUCCAGCGCCACGCUUUUUGACUCUAACUCUCCAGCAUCUGCAGUCCUCACUCGCUCCUACUUAAAACUGACCCCAACCUCAACUGUUUUUUUGAGGUAGAGUGCUGCUGACUUCUACUGCUGAGUGAUGACACGCUUCUUGACACCAUGCCUGAAUGGCCUGGCUUUAAUUUUAAGGAUCUAUCGUCACCCACAGGAAAGAAAAAGGUCCCCCCUUUCUCUCUGCUCUACUGAUUUCUUCACUUAUCUUAAACAUAUCCAUUACACCAUUCCUUAAUCUUGUAAAUUAACUUCUAGGUCCAUGCAAACUUCCUCAUAAUUUGAUCCUUUUAGUCAUUCUGGUGAAUUAAUGCUGCACACCCUCCAAGGGCCAGUAUAUCCAUUCUGAAGUGCAGUGCCCUGAACAGAUUGUCCUGUUCUAAGUUGAAUCUGGCCAAAGCUUUAUACAACUGUAGUAUUGUAUUUCAGAUUUGAGAUUAAUGGCCAGUGUUCCAUUGAUUUUGUUUUUGUUGCAUCUGUACACUAGUAUUUUAUGAUUUCUAUCCUGGGGCCCCCCAAAUCUCUCUGUUCCUUCACAGUUCCUGGUUUCUUAAUAUAGAGAAAACACUCUGGCCAAUUUUACUUAGGGCCCAAUUUGGACAACAGGACUGAGUAGGGAGUAAACUGAGUUCUGUUCAGUCUCCCCAGUUUGAAAAGCUUCUUGUGUGAUCAUUGACCAGAGAUGUAGAGAAAUCGAAGCAUGACCCAUCUGCAAGUGAAUGACACUGAAUGAAAAUAUUAAAACUUUUCAAUUUA